CAGGACGCGAGAGACCUGACUCCUGCGGACCAUCAUGGCUCAGUUCACAACGACGGUUCUGGCAAUCCUUCUUGGAACCAUGGUCCAGCGCAGCCACCAAGGGUUCCUGAGUGGAGGCAUCGACCGAGGCAACAACAAUGGCAAUCAGAUUGGAGGCCAGGGCCCGCCUCCCCACAGCUUGAUGGAGGCCCUCCAGGAAAGCGGGGGAUUCCGAGUGUCCGGCCCUUACCAGGUUUCGGCGACGCCGUUACAGAUGCCUUCGGGCUCUUUUCCGGGACCUACGCCUUUCCAGGGUGGCCAGGGAGGAUUUCACGGAAACAGAAACCAGGAAGGGAACAAUGGAAAGUUUGGAGACUCAGGAGGUGGUUUCCAAGGAAACGGAAACUACCCCAGGAACGGUGACAACUUCCAGGGCCCUCGGGGUUUUCAAGGCCUAGGAAACUUCCAGAGCCCAGGAAACUUCCAGGGCUCCGGAAGUUAUCAGAGCGCCGGAAGCUUUCAAGGGCCAACUGGCUUCCAGGGACACUCUAACUUCCCGGGACAGUCAAACUUCCAGGGGCAUUCCAACUUCCAAGGAGGACAUUCCAACUUCCAGGGACACUCUAACUUCCCGGGACAAUCCAACUUCCAGGGACACUCUAACUUUCCAGGACAAUCCAACUUCCAGGGGCAAUCUAAGCCUUCUAACUACCAGGGGCAGUCUAACUUCCAGGGACAAGGCAACAACUUCCAAACACAAGGUGGAGUUGGCGGUCCUCAGGGCGGCUUUGCCGGUGCUCAGCGAGGCUUUCAGGGCGGCCUCGGUGGACCCUUGGGGCUCCGUAGCCAGUUCGGUCCUUCUCCUCCUCCGCGCACUCCCGAAGCCCCGCAUGUGUCAAUUCAGCCGGCGAGUGUGAAAGUGGUGUACGUGCCUGUGGUCUCUACAAGCAUCAAGGCUUCUAGCCUCAGCAAACUGACCGGUGAGCAUGCCCCAGGGAAGGAUAGCACCAGCUCCUACUUCACGGGAAGCGGCGCACAGUCGGGACCGUCUCAGCAGGAGGUCACCAAGCCAUCGUCGUAUGCAGCCGGUACUGGUUCCUACGGAGCCAAAUCAGUGGGAACGGGCAAGCCCCAUGGUCACACGAAUGGCGGCCACGCCACGAUACCCAUUAUAAUCAUUCAGAAGGAGCAGCACCAUGGCGCGAAGAGCGUGCAGCCAGGUUCUUACCAGACACAGACGUCGCAGGUCUCCCAGAGCCAGCAGGGCUCCCUGAGCCAGCAAGGCUUGACGUCAAACGGAGACUUUCCCAAGCCGAGUUACGGCCUAAACAACAGGACGCCUACAGAGACACAACAGCAUCAGCCACGAGGUCACCAAGAACACCACCAGCGCCAGCAAACUCACCACCGUCAGGAGCAGCAAAACCACCACCAGCAACAGCAACAUCAUCAGCAAGUGGCUCCGCAACAACAUCAGCAACAGGUGGCGCAGCGCCCAUCCGACCACAGUCACGACUCAGCUGCUCGCAACACUCAUGGAGGGACGGGGGCGGUGAUACCAGUCAUCAUAAUCCAGAAGACACUACAGACGGCCGGUCGGCAGCAGCACUCGCAUCAUCAGCAUCACUCCGGAGGUUACAAUGUGCCAGCAGCGCCACCGCCGGUCCGCGGACCCACGGCCUGGAGUCCGUGGAGGUAGGCGGAGCCUUUCGAGCUGCACCACCGGUUAGACACACUUCAUCCACCCUUCUC